AUGCCUCAACAAAAAACACGUAUUAAUUCGACCCUAGCGUGUGUAAAUUGUCAAUGGAGACAUGUAAAAUGUGUAAAACUUCUCGGGGAAGAUUCUUGUACAAACUGUAGAAAAUACAGCCGACCCUGUAUUUACAUUCCGGGUAAUAAACGUGGACCAAAGCGACAUAGACUAAAUACUAGAAUUGCUAAUCUUCGGCUUUUUUCAAAUAUUGAUCCUUAUCGUUAUGAAGCAGCUCACAUCCAGUAUCAGAAACAGCUCACUGGAGACAGCUUAUAUCCAGAGUUGGGAAUAGAUUAUACUCAACAUCAACCCAUGCCCAAUAUCGAUAGUAUUUCAUAUCCAACACCAGGAAUACAUGUAGCUUAUUCACAGUAUCAAGGGCAACUCACACCCAAUAUUGGGAAUAGCUCACAUCCAAUAUCGGAGACCAAUGAUAUCCAAAAUAAAUUAGUUAAUCAAUCCAACUUAUCAUCAUCCUUUUUUGUUCACAAUGAAUUAAUGCCAAAUAAUAAACAAAAAAAUAUAAUGUCAUCCUCUAAUUCUUCUACUAAUGAUCCAAAUGAUCUCUUCUCCUUCAGAACUCAACAUUCUUAUAAUAAUAAUAUUGACUCCUACGAUACUACUAAAUCAUUCCAUAAUACAUUCAUUGACCAAUUCUCCUUAAUACCUUCCUCUUUCGUUCAUGAUGAAAUGCUAUAUGAUGAACAAAUUUUAUAUGAUGAACAAAAUAUUAAUCCAUUCUUUAAUUCUUUUUCUACUUAA